GGAGGAGACUCACUCAUGGCCUAUGAGACAGAGGAUCAUGAGACUCAAUACUGCUUUCCUGCCAUCAACUCAUCAUGUAUCAAGGGAAAACGCUCCAGAUAUGAAUACAGUUUCAUGUAUGUGUUUUUUUCAUUGCUGUCAGCAUGGACUGUGUUUCUGAACCUGCUGGUGAUCAUCUCCAUCUCUCACUUCAAGAAGCUUCACACUCCAACCAACCUGAUUAUUCUCUCUCUGGCUGUGGCCGACCUGCUUGUUGGACUUAUUGUGAUGCCUGUGGAUGCCAUUAAGCUGACUGAAACAUGCUGGUUCUUUGGAGACACUUUGUGUGACCUGUUUAUGAUAAUUAUGGGUCUGGUCCUCUCAACAUCUAUUUGUAAUUUACUUUUAAUUGCUAUUGAUCGUUAUGUGGCUGUGUGUCACCCUUUGCUGUACCCACAGAAAAUAACCACAACUAAAACCUUAAUAAGCAUCUGUUUUUGCUGGGUUUUCUCUUUUGUCUACAAUACUGUCUAUCUGAUUAGUUUCAGAUAUUUUGAAAGUUCACAAAGAACAGACACAUGCUAUGGAAAGUGCUAUUUAAUAAUAGAUUUUUCAUGGACAGUCGUUGACGUGUUCAUUUCUUUCUUGUUUCCUUUGACUGUGAUCAUAACUUUAUAUUUGAGGAUAUUUUAUGUCGCACAUCAGCAAGUGAAAGUUAUAAACUCUCUGAUGAAGGGCGGUAAAUGUGUAAAGGAAGGUUCAGUGAGGAGGAAAUCAGAGAGCAAAGCUGCUCUGACAUUAGGAAUUAUUGUGACAGCUUAUCUGCUGUGCUUUAUUCCAUACUAUAUCUUGUCUUUAACAAGUAGUACAAUAACCUCUUCUGCUGCAAUAACAUUUCUAAUAUGGACUAUAUAUGCUAACUCAGGCAUGAAUCCUGUUGUCUAUGCUUUAUUUUACCGCUGGUUUAAAAUAUCAGUUAAACACAUCUUAACUCUUAAAAUAUUGAAGCCAGCAUCCUCUCUCUCAGAUAUAUUUACAGAUUGUUCAUGAUUUGUGUAGAAUUUUUUUUUUUUUUUUUGAUAAAGCACAAACUCAUGUAGUAGAUGUUAUCUCAGUUUGUAAACUGAA